AUUUAAAAACCAACGGAACAGUUUCAAAUUUGCGAAAUUUUACUUUCGAAGUGAUUUAAUGAGCUUCGAAUUUUUCUCAAAUUAAACUCAAUUUUGAAAAACCCCAUGUUCCAAACGUGCCCAAAUGGAUUCCAAUUUGCAUUUGAAAUUCGACCCAAGUGACUCCUACCACUGGUUGUAUUGCACCUGUUAGUAAUGUUUACACAGUGAUAUAAAAAGCAAAUAUAAAGUUUUAUCAAAGCUAGAUUGUGCUACAAAAAAGAAGAGCUGUACAUUAGUGUCAAUCAGGAUAAUAUUAAAUUCACUCAUGUCGUUCGUGCCCCUAAAUCUAUUACAAUCAUGUACUACGGGUGCCGAUGGAUCAGCAUGUCAAAAAACGUCAAUCAUGUUCUUAAUGCUCAUCGCUAACUUAUUCGGAUAUUCUGUCGAUGGAAAUUAUUUAAGAAUACGUCGCUCAGGAACCAAAACCCAAAGGAUUUUUCCUCAGUCUACUCCUAAAGAAUACGAUUUUAUUAUCAUUGGAGGUGGCUCAGCAGGUUGUGUCCUCGCUAAUAGGUUGACAGAAGUUGAAGAGUGGAACGUACUUUUAUUGGAAGCCGGCAUGGAAGAAUCAAAAGUUUCACAAGUUCCUGCUUUUGCACCGUAUUUUGUACAUAGUAAUAUAGAUUGGAAUUUUAAAACUCAGCCAAGCGAAAAAUCGUGUCGUUCUUAUAGAGGUGGUAGCUGUGUUUUUCCCCAAGGAAAAGGUCUAGGUGGUUCAAGUUCUAUAAAUUCAAUGAUAUACGUUCGAGGUAAUAGAAAAGAUUACGAAAAAUGGGCUCAGUUAGGCAAUGCUGGUUGGAGCUACGAAGAAGUGCUGCAAUACUUUAAAAAAUCAGAAGAUAAUCUAGACAAAGAGAUUGUGCAAAGUAAUCCAACAUUUCACGGAACUGGAGGAUAUCAGCCUAUCAGCCAUUUCCCUUACACAGACCAAAACGCCAAAAUUUUAAUUAAUGCUUUUGAAGAACUUGGCUAUAAAAAUAUUGACGUUAAUGCGAGGAGACAUAUAGGGGUUACACGUUUACAAACUACUUCAAAAAAUGGCAGGCGACAAAGCACUAAUAGUGCUUUCAUCCAGUCAAUUAGAAAAAAAAGGUCAAACCUUUUCAUUGAAACUCAAGCCUUUGUAACAAAAGUAAUAAUAGAUCCAGAAACAAAACAAGUUAAGGGAGUGGAGUACACUUCAACUGCCACUGGAAAAGUUAAGAUAAUUCUGGCUAGAAAAGAAGUGAUUAUAUCAGCUGGUGCAAUUAAUUCACCUAAAGUUUUAAUGCUCUCUGGUAUAGGGCCUGGUUCGGAACUUCGAAAACAUGGUAUUAAUGUUAUUUAUGAGGCGCCAGUUGGUCAAAAUUUUCAUGAUCAUGUAACAACUUUGGGUAUUGUCAUAAAACUUAAUAAGACCUCAUCUAUUAAAAAUAAUAAAGAAAGGCUCAAAGACGUUUAUUAUUACUUGAGAACCGGUAAGGGGCCCCUCUCGUCUACUGGGCCUAUGGUGUCAAAUGCGUUCAUUCAAACAAACUAUGAAGAAAGUGAUAAUCUACCUGAUAUUCAAUAUACAUUUGGGCCUGUUUAUUCAAAAACUUCAGGCAUUCAACCUUUAUCUUACUUUGAUGCUAUCGGUGUUUAUCCAGUAUUGAUUGCUCCAAAAAGUAGAGGAUUUAUAAAACUCAACAAUACUGACCCAGUUUGGGGUGAUCCUAUUAUCUAUCCGGGAUAUUUCGAAAAUUCUUUAGACAAAUAUAGAAUGAUUGAAGGCAUUAAAAUAUUUCAAAAUAUGUUUAAUACAACAGCCUUCAAAGAAAACGAAUAUCAGAUGGAUCAUGUUCCUCUACCAAAUUGUAAGCAGUGGAAAUUUAAUAGUGAUAAGUACUGGUCAUGUGUGAUUCGCGAGUAUACUGCGUCUUGUUAUCACAUUGCUGGGUCUUGUAAAAUGGGGCCUCAAACUGAUCAGGAGGCUGUUGUUGAUCCACAACUACGUGUCUAUGGAAUUAGUGGACUUCGCGUUGCUGAUGCUUCAAUUAUGCCGAUUGUUGUUCGCGGAAAUACGAAUGCACCGACUAUUAUGAUUGCUGAGAAAGCCAGCGACAUGGUUAAAGAUGCAUGGCUAAAUAAAUCCUAAUAGUUGUUAUGAAUUAUAAUUUAACUUUAAUUACGAAAUACGCAACCCCAACAAAAAGGACCCCGCAGAAAAUGUACAUGAAAUGGCU